CUCGGAGGGGCAUCAUGCGCUCCCGGGGCCGCCCGACGGCGCGGGCCUCUUGCUGAUGGACCCAGCCGAGGUGCCCAACCAGUUGGAGUCGCGCCGGCGCGCUGCGGCGACCACCAGCCAGCUUUUCAGCGCGGUCGAGGACGGUGGCUGACGAAGCGCCACUCAUCGCUGCUUUCGCGCGCCUGCUCCACAGAGGGCUCCUGCGGCUCUCCCUCGUCGCGUGACCGCCGCCGACAUCAUGUGCUCGGUCGUCCCCGCCGGCGCGGAGCUGCGCCACGUCGAAUUGUUCGGCGGCUCGACCGCCGGCUCACCCGGUACCGCGAGCGACGAGCCGCGCCAAGUUUGCUCCAUUUCCGACAAGUUCAUCCCGCCCGAACGCCGAUCUUCGGCCGCCUGGAGGCCCAGGACGGGGCUCGGGACCGGCCAGGUGUGGAUUCUCCACGGCGCUGCGGUGUAUCUGCGCGCCCAUGGCGCGUUCAGGGGUGUGCCUGAGGCGUGUAGACUGCGGGGCGCCGCGAUAGCGCGGCGCCGACGGUUGUGUCGCGCACUGUCACACCCACGACACGGUCACAGUGUGUGUGCAGUGCGUCCACUCCGGCGACCGUGACGCCGUCGGCGCUCGCCUAUACCGGCUAGUGUGGAGCUUUCAGUGUGGUUGCGUGUUGUACUAGUGAUGCUGCACUAGGCGGCCCGUUUUUAGCAAAAA